AUGAACCGUCUUGAACAAAUUGCACUCGAUCCACGAUUCCAUGAAGCCUUGUCUGUCCUAAAAGGCUUUCGAAACGGUGUUGUUUAUGGUGCCAAGGUUAGAUUCCCGCAUACUUUGGUCAUGACCAUCUUGUUCAAAACUGGAUCGGAAAGUUUCAAUAUAAAUAUAAAUACACACACAGCCUUUUCAGAAAGUAAAGUCGCAUUUUUGCAAUUUUAUAAUACAAUUUAUACGAAAAAGCGACAAGCCAGCACGACAUUUCUUUCUGGAAAUAGUGUAGUGCAUUAA